AAUAUAUUUUCACAACCAUCAAGGUUUCAAAUGCGCCCAUAUUAUGUAUCAGCGAAUGUCUAACAGCACUCCUUGGAGACGAGUUACCAAUCUAAUGGUCUGAGUUCUGAAACAUCAAAAGGUUUCUACAAGAAAUGGAUAUGAGGUUAGCCGAUGCCGCUCGUACAGGAAACAUCGAGCACUUGCACUCCCUUGGUAAAAAUGAUCCCCUGAUACUCAACAGAGCAGCUGUAGAAGGCGGACAAACUCCUUUACACGUUGCCGCUCUAGCAGAUCAAGUUGAAUUCACACGCGAGAUCUUAAAGGUGAGGCCCAAGUUAGCUGAAGAGAUGAACCCAGAUGGCCUCACCCCGUGGCACAUAGCAUCGGCCAACGGGAACCUUGAAAUGGUAAGGGAGCUGCUGAACCUGAGUCCUCAGUUGUGCCUUUCGAAGGGCAAGGAGAGAAGGAUUCCUCUGCACUAUGCAGCUCUGAAAGGGAGAACCGAGGUCUUGAAAGAGCUGCUCUCGGCUUGUCUGGAGUCGAUCAAGGAAGUCACUGCUCUAUGCGAGACUGCACUCCACCUUGCGGUGAAGAGCAGUCACUUUGAGGUUUUCACUUUGCUAGUAGAAGAGCUGAAGAAUACUAACAGAGUAAACUUUCUGAAUCGGAAGGAUGCGCAGGGCAAUACCAUUUUGUACCUUGCAGUUUCUGCAAGGCAGUACGAGGUAGUAGACUUCAUUCUGAAUGGGAGCAUAGUGAACGCGGAGCUGGUGGAAGUGAACGCAGUGAACAAAAUGGGUCUAACAGCUUUCAAUGCCCUAUCGGUUUUCCCAAGUGAAGCAGGAGACAAGGAAAUCGGUGACAUCCUCAUUCUCGCUGGAGCUACGACCAUGCGGAUAGCCACUGAAUUACCAGAGGCUCGGGCGACCUCUGACCCAGCAUCAAAGAUUUGCCCACAAACUGGAACCGGUCUGUGGGGGCUACAGAUAUUAACCCUCAAGCUCAGAGGGAUACUCAAGCACGACAGGAACAAUUGGAAUGAAUAUUUCAAAUUCAAGAAAGACCGGGACUCGCCAGACAGCGUGAGGAGCGCCCUUCUGGUGGUGGCUGCCCUCAUCACGGCCACCACCUAUCAAGCUGUGCUUCAGCCCCCAGGAGGGUUAUGGCAGGACAACUCGGGGCCUCUUAACAGCACAACAAACAGCACCACAUCAAACGGGAUUUUCACCCAAUCACAUAAGGCUGGACAGGCAGUUAUGGCCAACAUCAAUCCUAUUUCAUACAUCUUCUUCUUGUUCUGCAACUCGAUCGGGUUCUUUGCAGCUAUUCAGAUGAUCUGGAUUCUCACGGCCAGGCUUCCUCUGCAGUUGGAGCUGAGGAUUGCAGGUGUGCUCUAGCGGCUACAUAUGGUAACGCAAUGGGUCCAAUCACUCCCACCACUUUCCUCAACUCCUUCUUUAUUGCUAUUUCCGUUAUUCUACCCAUCCUAUUAGCUCUUCUAUCACAUUGGAUUAGAAAAUGAUCAAUGAGUAAUAAUUUGACAUGCAUACACACACAAAUAUAUGUAUAUAUACACACUAGUGAAAUUCCACGUGUGUUUGGUGUGCAUAUGGUUCGACUUGUUAGAUAUACAAAUAUAUCAAAAGAAUGGACGAGCUUUGCAAUCUCAGGUGAUCCGAUUAAGGCUACGUUAACACUGUAAAAAUUCAAGGAUGAAAAGGGAUGAGUAAUGCAAUUGAUAUAAAAGUAUCAGCGUCUGGAUAAGAAAGAAUGGGAAUAAAAACAUAAUCAACAACUGCCUCUUUUAUAAUUGGUUGCUGGUCACAAAUGAAUAUCUAUCACCCAUAGAAAAAUAUAUAAAGAUUAACAGUUUAAAUAAAGUCAAAGCGGACAAUUUAUUAACAGUUUAAAUAAAAUCAAAGUGGACAAUUUAUCAGGACUCGAUCUUUAUGGCGGCACUAAAUUUGCAUUGGUAAAAAUAAAACCAAUAUAAGCUAUUUACAUUUGUACAGUGAGAACUGCAAUACAUAUGCUGUUGAGAAGAUGAGCAGCUUGUGAUGAUAUUUGGGGAUGGUGGCAGCUGCUGUUCUGCUACGCAGCCUAUGCCAGCAACACUUAAGAGAAUCCCUGUCACGGCGCCUUUUGUCAGUAAUGACUCCUCGUUUUUGUUCAAGUGUAAGCCAAGAAUACAAAGUGUGACUAUGUAGGUGCGAGGUACUUCGAUCUUCUCGAAGGAAGUCAUUUUCUAAGAUGUAAGAAUGAAAUAUAUGUAACGGGCAGAUCUGUUCAAAUAAUGAACGCAUAACAUCAAACAAAGGUUAGACAAUAUUGAGGGAUGAUAUCAAAGCCAUCUCUACCAUGUAAUAUCAUUUACCAUAUACCAUACUUAAAUUGUAA